UGUUCCGACCCGCCAGCUCCCGAAGCCGCUGUGCCCCGCGCCCACUGGCCGCUCAGGCGGAGUCAGCGCGCGCUCCGCCCGCCGCGCUCCGGGCUCGGAGCUCCGCACCCUGGGCUCGCCGCCUCCGCGCCCCGCGCCCCGCGCCCCGCACCCGGCGCCCCGGCGGGCGCAACGCACCAUGCCGCAGCUGGACUCGGGCGGGGGCGGUGCGGGUGCUGGCGACGACCUCGGCGCGCCCGACGAGCUAUUGGCCUUCCAAGACGAAGGCGAGGAACAGGACGACAAGAGCCGCGACAGCGCCGCGGGCCCCGAGAGGGACCUGGCCGAGCUCAAGUCCUCACUGGUGAAUGAGUCCGAGGGCGCGGCCGCAGGCGCCGGGGUCCCGGGUCCCGGCGUCCGGGUGCACGGAGAGGCCGAGGGAGCCCCCGAGGCCCUGGGACGAGAGCACACUUCGCAGAGACUUUUCCCGGACAAACUUGCAGAGUCCCUAGAGGACGGCCUGAAGGCCCCGGAGUGUGCCAGCGGCAUGUACAAAGAGACUGUCUACUCUGCCUUCAAUCUGCUCAUGCACUACCCACCGGCCUCCGGAGCAGGGCAGCACCCCCAGGCUCAACCCCCGCUGCAUAACAAGGCUGGCCAGCCCCCACAUGGCGUCCCCCAACUUUCUCCACUCUACGAACAUUUCAGCAGUCCACACCCCAACCCUGCACCUGCGGACAUCAACCAGAAGCAAGGAGUUCACAGGCCACUGCAGACCCCUGAUCUCUCUGGAUUUUACUCUCUGACCUCAGGCAGCAUGGGACAGCUCCCCCACACUGUGAGCUGGUUCACCCACCCGUCCUUGAUGCUGGGAUCUGGUGUACCUGGACACCCAGCAGCCAUCCCUCAUCCGGCCAUUGUACCCUCCUCAGGGAAGCAGGAGCUGCAGCCAUAUGACCGAAGCCUGAAAACACAAGCAGAACCCAAGGCAGAGAAGGAGGCUAAGAAGCCAACCAUCAAAAAACCCCUCAAUGCUUUCAUGCUUUACAUGAAGGAGAUGAGAGCCAAGGUCAUUGCAGAGUGUACACUCAAGGAAAGCGCUGCCAUCAACCAGAUCCUGGGUCGCAGGUGGCAUGCACUAUCUCGAGAAGAGCAGGCCAAGUACUAUGAACUGGCUCGCAAGGAAAGGCAGCUGCACAUGCAGCUAUAUCCAGGCUGGUCAGCGCGGGAUAACUACGGAAAGAAGAAGAGGCGGUCAAGGGAAAAGCAUCAAGAAUCCACCACAGGAGGAAAAAGAAAUGCAUUCGGUACUUACCCGGAGAAGGCCGCUGCCCCAGCCCCGUUCCUUCCGAUGACAGUGCUCUAGGCUGUCCCAGGUCCCCAGCUCCCCAGGACUCACCCUCUUAUCUUCUGCUGCCCUACUUCCCCACAGAACUGCUUGCUAGCCCAGUGGAGCCAGCACCAACAUUCUCAGGUCACUCUGCAGCUGUCACUCUUCCAGCUCCUGAGUCCCCAAAGACCCUCCACAGCACCCUCCAGAAUACACAAGUACAGCAACAGGAACCUCAGAGGCAGGCAGCCUAGCACACACAGAACACCUGGCUUGCUCCAGGGGCCCACCCCUAACUCAAGAGGAGGCAACAACAAGACCAGAUCACGGAACUGGUUAGGGGUCCUCUCUAAGUGCUGAAGAUUUCAAAGGCUGCUUAAACUACUCCCAGAACUGGAGGCCAUCAAGUCACGUGGUAGGGAUCACAUCUGUGCAGCUGUAUCGUCUCCCGAAGGGCAUCCUGGUACCUAUGGUAGCCAUACCUUUUCUUUUUGUCAUGCCUUGCUAGCUGGAUGCCCCUACAGUUUUUUGGUUUGGUUUGGUUUUUUUUGCUGCAGGUCAGAUGAGCUGGACUGGCGGAGUUCAGCUGCCUUCUCUACAAAUGCCUGUCCUCUGCCACACCUUCUCCAUGCCAAUACUUCUUGGACCAAGAAUACCUGCUUUAUCACACAAGAUGAUUUUGUGGUUGGUCACCAGCCACAAAAGUCUAAAUAACGCUUCUCUCUUAAGGAGCAGAGAAGCUCUGUUUACAAAGAACAGCUGCUGUUCAUAAGCUGGGUCAGAGGAAGCUUCUUACUGUCUUCCCAGGAGCUUGCAAGAGGAGGAAAUGGGAUAGGUUAGGUUUAAGGUCUUUCAGCCUAGGCAACAAAAUAAUACCAACCCUACCUACUGGUGGACAGUACAGUACUCAGCUUUAAUUAGAAUGACUUGGAAAUCUUUCCUGAGAAACUCACCAGCCUUAGAAACUAUAGUCAAUAAAUUGAAGUUGGCUUAACUCCAGUGCGCACCCUUCCCAGUGCCAUUUCCAGGCUCAUCUAUGUCAGCUGAGUCACAGCUCCUGGGCAGCUGUGGGAGAGCAAAUCCCAAAUCCCCCAACCGGCAGAGCCCAUCUUUCAGCAUUUAGAACUGGCCAGCUUCAGUUUCUCUGUGGGGCUGCAGGAAGGAAGAGAUGUUACAACUAAAGCAAGGAGUCCAUAAAACCUCUUGUGGUGGGCAUGGUUCUUUGCCACAUUCUAGAAACCCUUUUUGAGCCAAACUUAACCCUGAGCCUUGAAAAACAAGUUUUUUUGUUUAACUUUUUUUAAAAUUCUUUUCACUGUAUAUAGCCUGAAUCCAAAGAAAAGGGGCUACCAAUAUAUUCUACACACCUUUAAAAAAAAAAAAAGUGCCUUAGUUCCUACUUUAACCACUGGUUUCUCAAUCCAAAGAUCAUGUUUCUAGUGUAGUGUGUCACAGUGUUGAAAAGAUUGCUGGAAUGUGGUGGGUCACACCUCUAAUCCCAAUACUUGGGAGGUAAAGGCAGGUGGAUCUCUCUGAGUUCCAGGACAGCCAGGGUUGUAUAGAGAGACCUUGUCUCAAAAAGGAGAAAAAAACCUGAUGUAGUAUCCAAAAUAUUUUUGUAUUAACGCAUUAUCAUAGAAAAACUUUUUUAAGCAAGAGAAUAAAGAUACUUUUUACUGGGUUUGUUUUUCAAAGCCUGACUAAUAAGCUGAUUCAAUUAACAGUGCCUUCCUAAUGCUCCUUUUCUUCUUAGCUGUCACCAAACAUGGAGUGUAUUCCCUGUGUGUACAAAGAUCCCAAGACUGCCAAGCUGCAAAAACCAAAAAUCACUCUCAGCAUUUCCUACAGGGGCUUGGUCCUGAUCACCACAGCUAAUCUCACUUUACAAGCUCUACUCUUAAUCCUUUGACAUUACAAUCAAGGCAGGCCAGCCUAUUCCCCAGUACCUCUGCACCCAAUGAGUUGCCAUGCAGACACUGGAAAGUCCAACCUGAAACGUAUUCUGAAUCUGUUUUCCUCUAAGGACAGAGAGAAAUGAUACCCCAUUCUGAUUUCAAGGGAAAUAAGCAAUCCACUGACUUUUUAAAAAUACUUAUUUUUACGUAUGAAUGUUUUAUCUGCAUGUAUGUCUUAAUGCCAGAAGAGGGCA